UAUUAGAUUCAACAAAUAAAAAAAGUGAUUAUUAUUCCAUGAAACAAAACCAAGAGAAGCGCAAGUCAAAGAGCGUCCUUCCUUCCUCCUCCUUCCCCAAAUUGUAGAUUUGAGGAUCAAAAAAGAAUAUUGAAAAGCAAGGAUUUCGGGGCCAAUUCAUACUUUUUCAGAAAUUGAAUUCACUCACUCUCUAGGUCUUUUUUCUUAUUUGGAACCGCAGCCUGCUGGUAGCUUGUGGAAGCCGGACAAAACCGAUGGCGCUCUCAAGGCUUCGACAACCUUUGUUAUCUCGGGGUCCUUCUCUGCUUAGAGUUCGCCUUCUCUCGUCUUCUAUACCAUCCACUUCAGUCUCAAGAUACGAUGUUCAUAAAGUUUUAUCCACUGAUGGAAGUGGGAGCUUACUGAGGUGUACGUCAGUAUCUAUGGUUACUGGGUUUUUUGGAGAUUUGUCUAAGAUCAAGUUUCAGUUUGGGGUUCGGUACAUGUCAUCAGCAGAUAGCCCUCCACAUACAGUCCUUGAAAUGCCUGCUCUAUCCCCUACUAUGAAUGAAGGGAACAUUGCAAAGUGGUUGAAAAAAGAAGGAGAUAAGAUAGCCGUGGGUGAUGUUCUAUGUGAAAUAGAAACUGAUAAAGCUACUGUGGAGUUGGAAAGCCAAGAAGAAGGUUAUCUAGCGAAGAUUCUGGUAUCUGAAGGUUCAAAAGAUAUACCUGUAGGACAGGCUAUUGCUGUAACGGUUGAGGAACUUGAUGAUAUACCAAAAGUCCCUGCUAUUGGUUGUGGGUCAGAAGUUAAAGAAGCAAAGUCAGCUCCACAAGAUGUUUCAAUUCAUGAUAAGGAGAUGGAAACCGGUGCUGUUAAGAUUGACACCUCAGAGCUCCCUCCUCACGCUGUUCUUGAUAUGCCAGCAUUAUCGCCAACAAUGGACCAGGGGAACAUUGCAAAAUGGAGAAAGAAAGAAGGGGACAAGAUAGAAGUUGGUGAUAUUCUGUGUGAAAUAGAAACAGAUAAAGCUACACUUGAGUAUGAAAGUCUUGAAGAGGGGUAUCUUGCAGUAAUAGUGGCACCUGAUGGUUCGAAAGAUAUUGCUGUUAACCAACCAAUUGCAGUUACUGUGGAAGCCUUAGAGGAUAUUGAAGCCGUAAAGGCAUCAUACAACUCUAAAUCUGUAGCAAAAGAAGAAAAGUCAACAACCCUGCCAAAGAAAUCUGAACUCAAAGAGCAGCGAAGCAACAUUAACAGAAUUAGUCCGUCUGCAAAGCUUCUAAUUUCGGAGUUUGGUCUUGAUUCAUCGUUGCUUAACCCAUCAGGGCCUCGUGGUACUUUGCUAAAAGGAGAUGUUUUGGCUGCAAUAAAAUCAGGGAGGGGCUCAUCUAAAACUGCUGCACCAAAGGAGCAGUCACCAUCACCGUCAAUCAAGUUGCAAAGUAAACCUUCUAGUACUCCAGAGUCAGUUUCAUACGAGGAUUUGUCAAAUAGCCAAAUUCGGAAGGUUAUUGCAAGACGUUUGUUGGAAUCAAAACAAAGCACACCACAUCUUUACCUAUCUACAGAUGUUGUACUAGAUCCUCUGCUAUCAUUCAGAAAGGAUCUUAUCGAGAAGCAUAAUGUCAAGGUUUCAGUGAAUGACAUCGUCAUCAAAGCUGUUGCUGUUGCUCUACGUAAUGUGCCAGAUGCAAAUGGCUUUUGGGAUGCUGAGAAGGGUAAAACAAUCUUCAAUGAUUCAGUUGAUAUAUCAAUUGCAGUGGCUACAGAGAAGGGUUUGAUGACUCCUAUCAUUAGGAAUGCUGACCAGAAGACCAUAUCUGCGAUAUCUGCGGAGGUUAAAGAAUUGGCUGAAAAGGCUAGGGCCGGGAAGCUGAAGCCCGCAGAGUUUCAAGGUGGAACAUUUAGCAUCUCAAAUCUAGGAAUGUUCCCAGUGGACCACUUCUGUGCAAUUAUCAACCCUCCGCAGGCUGGGAUUCUUGCAGUUGGCAGAGGGAACAAGGUUGUUGAACCCGUGGUUGGGAGCAAUGGAACUGAGGAACCUGCUAUUGUUACAAAAAUGAACUUGACACUAUCUGCUGAUCAUCGUGUUUUUGAUGGUAAAGUUGGAGGGGAUUUCCUUACCGCUGUACGAAUGAAUUUUAGUGACAUGAGAAGGUUGCUUUUGUAAUACAAGAUACCCUCAACAAGUCAAAACGAGAAACAUAAGAUGUGAUUAUUUGUUAAUUUCAUCAACAGGGUCUUAAGCCGUCUAACUGACAGGAAGAGCCAACUUCACAAUUUUGGUUGAUUGUUUUCGUUUACAAUAAGUUUUGGAAAUCCUCCAUUGAGGUUGUAUUAAAUAUACCAGAGAACAAUGUGCAUAAGAGAAUGGAACAUUUCAUUACAUCAUUUAAUCAAUAAAGUGCCAUUUUUCUCAAA